GUUAUUUAUGGAGAGAGUCUCAAAAUGUUUAUUUCUGCGAUAUACCGACUGCUUAACAACUGUUACUCAACAGGAAACUUGCUAAAGUCAGAGUUCUGCUUUUAGGCUCUGACAAUGGAAUGGAAAAGAACAAAUUCUUAGGAACAAAUAAAACACCUUUUUUUCACCAUACUCAACCAAUUAACUAAAAAAAGUUUAUUUUUUACUAAAGAAAAAAAAAGUUAUUUAUGAUUUUAGACUACUUAUAUGUAGAAUUUUGUAGUUGUUUUUGGUUUUGACUUUGUGUUACCUCUGUAGUUUGGGUGGAGUCAAGACUUUUUUUUUUUGUCACGAUAAAAGAGGAAACUGAACACAAGAGAGGUAUUUUACACCAAACUCUCACAAAGACAAUGACUCAACUACUGUUAAUAUCGGUUAUGCUUAUGCUCCAAGUGAAAGGCAUCCAGGGACAAACUGAACACCUUUACAAAAAGCUUGGAGAGGAUGUGGUUCUGUCUUGUAAUAUUAGCUUUUCAACCAACCUAUGCUCAAGUGUGAACUGGCUGCACAGCAGAAAUGCAAAUCCUGCAACAGAGCUGGUUUAUGGAGGACGAGUGAGGCUGGGUUCAGCUGGAGCCUCCAGGCUGAGUUUGAGCAGGAACUGUUCUCUGCUCAUCAGGAACAUCACUGCUGAGGACGCUGGAAUUUACACAUGUCGCCACAAGACGCGACCCAAUUUAAAUGUGUUCUUAAAUACUCUGGGUAUCACCUCGUCUUCACCAGAUGAUAAUGGAAGAGUCAUCUUACAGUGCUCCCUGAGUGGAUAUGACAAUGUUGUCUGUCAGCAGAGCAGCAUCUUUUGGAAAAAUAAGAGAGGAAUAGUGCUGCUUGGUAAGGGUGCGGAGUUUGAGUACAGAGGACAGACCAACUGUGUUUCUGCACUGGCUGUGAAACAUCGGAGUGAAAACAACCAAAGAUACUCCUGCAUUCUUUUUAAGGACAACGAAGUAAAAAAUAGUAUUGUCUACAAACCACUCUUUACAGGCGUCAGUGGACAAACUGAACACCUCCACAGAGGAGUUGGAGACGACGUCCUUUUACCUUGUAGGGCUAAAUCGUCCUCUUCCUCAUGUUCUGAUGUUAACUGGGUGUACAGCAGAGAUGUGGACGAUGAAGUUGAACUACAAGUUCGCAGAGGGAAGGUUGAUCAGAGUUCAGCUCGAGUUUCCAGGCUAAACGUGAGCAGGAACUGCGCCCUGCUAAUCAGAAACAUCACUGAUGAAGACGCUGGAGUUUACACCUGUUGGUUUAAGGAUACAGAUGAAUCGGAUGGAGAUGUUUAUCUCAGUAUUCUGAAAAAUCUUCCUGUUCACAACUUUAUCAUUAUCGGGGGAGCGGUGGUGAAGGUGGUGUUGAUGUUUUUGGGCGUGGUUGCUGCUCUGGUCUGCCUGUGUAGGAAGAGAACCAAAGGGAACUAAAACAAGCAGAAGGUGGCAGCACGGGGAGUUGCCUCAAUAUCUCCAACUGGGGAUGGAAAUAGUGAUCAAGACUGAUGAUGAAGACGUGCUCUUCUUGUCAAGAGUUAAAGUCAAGUUUUCUUUUCUUGUAGUUAAUUUUUUUGUAUUAUUUUUAUAGUUACAUUUUAGACUGAUGUUUAUUUAGGCACAAAAAUAAUAUGUUUACCAAUGUUUAAUUUCACAUUAUUUGUACCCCUUGAAGGGAAUUCCCUGCACUGUAAAAUAAUAAAUUCCAAAUAAAAAUGUUGUUUUAUGUGUUAUGUUUGAUCCCUUUCUUUGAAAUGACUGCUUCCUUUGCACACCAUUUUAACAGCCAUUGUGCAGCUGUUCUGGACCAAGUUUUACCCUUCAAAUCAAACACUUUAAUGCAGAAAUGCCAUACUCCUUGGUUAAAUGAAUGUAUUUUAAAUCUGAGAAGACUAUGUCGUAAAACUGAACAUUGUGGAAGUCCACCAAACUUGAGGUCCACAGACUACACCUUAGGGACCUGAUGUUCUCUCUUAAUGAAAUAAUAAAAGAAGCCAGAUCAAAAUACUUCUUCCAGUUGAUAACAUCUAACAAGAAAAAUCCAAAAGUUCUGUUCAACACAAUUAACUCUAUGGUUUAUCCGGCUUUGCUAUCAGCCCCUGUGCCUUGCAAAGGUGAUAGUAAUGAUUUCUCAGAAUCCUCAGGGCAAAACUUACUGAUGGUGCACCAGACACGUUUUAAAACCAUUCUUUUAACCCUUGUGCUCUCUUAUGGGGUCCAGAUUAUCCCACCCUUACAUUGAGGUGUUAGCCCUUCCAUGACAAAGGUGGACGAGGUGUACAAGACUUCAUGUCUGUCAUUGGACACCAGUAAAGAUCGACAAUCAUUGAAAAAAAAAAGUUCAGCGCACUGUCUUGUGGGGUCGAAAUUACCCCACUUUUAAUGUAAACAAGGCAAAAGGGUUACAGGAGUGGCACCUAGGCUGUGGAACAAACUCCCCCCCUUUUUACGUUCACUGGACUCUAUGUUUUGAAAAACCCAAUUCAAAACCCAUUUUUACAAGUCAGCUUUCGGGCCCCACUGAGUGAACCUCUGUUUGGCUGAGCA